CGCCGCCGCGCCAUUUUGCCGGGUUUGAAUGUGAGGUGGAACGGCGGCAGGAGUGGGUAGUACGGCUGCAGUCCGCGGCCGAGAUUUUCUUCUCUGUUCCCAUAUUCCCACCAGAUUUUAUUGCAAUGGAGCUCAGUGACGCAAAUUUGCAAACGCUAACAGAAUAUUUAAAGAAAACUCUUGAUCCUGAUCCCGCUAUCAGACGUCCAGCUGAGAAGUUUCUUGAAUCUGUGGAAGGAAAUCAGAAUUACCCACUGUUGCUUUUAACAUUACUGGAGAAGUCCCAGGAUAAUGUUAUCAAAGUGUGUGCCUCAGUAACAUUCAAGAACUAUAUUAAAAGAAACUGGAGAAUUGUUGAAGAUGAACCAAAUAAAAUUUGUGAAACUGACCGAGUAGCCAUUAAAGCCAACAUAGUUCACUUGAUGCUUAGCAGCCCGGAGCAAAUUCAGAAGCAGUUAAGCGAUGCCAUUAGCAUAAUUGGUAGAGAAGAUUUCCCUCAGAAAUGGCCCGACUUGUUGACAGAAAUGGUGAAUCGCUUUCAGAGUGGCGAUUUUCAUGUUAUUAAUGGAGUCCUUCGUACAGCACAUUCUUUAUUUAAAAGAUACCGCCAUGAAUUUAAGUCAAACGAGUUAUGGACUGAAAUUAAACUUGUUCUGGAUGCCUUUGCUUUGCCUUUGACUAAUCUAUUUAAGGCCACCAUCGAACUCUGUAGUACCCAUGCAAAUGAUGCCUCUGCCCUGAGAAUUCUCUUUUCUUCCCUGAUAUUGAUCUCAAAACUGUUCUACAGUUUAAAUUUUCAGGAUCUCCCUGAAUUUUUUGAAGAUAAUAUGGAAACUUGGAUGAACAAUUUUCAUACUCUCUUGACAUUAGAUAAUAAACUUCUACAAACUGAUGAUGAAGAGGAAGCAGGUUUAUUGGAGCUCCUAAAAUCCCAGAUUUGUGAUAAUGCUGCACUGUAUGCACAAAAGUAUGAUGAAGAAUUUCAACGGUACCUGCCUCGUUUUGUCACAGCCAUCUGGAAUUUACUAGUUACUACAGGUCAAGAGGUCAAAUAUGACUUGUUGGUAAGUAAUGCAAUUCAAUUUCUGGCUUCAGUUUGUGAGAGACCUCACUAUAAGAAUCUGUUUGAGGACCAGAACACGCUGACAAGUAUCUGUGAAAAGGUUAUUGUGCCUAACAUGGAAUUUAGAGCUGCUGAUGAAGAAGCCUUUGAAGAUAAUUCUGAGGAGUACAUAAGAAGAGAUUUGGAAGGAUCUGAUAUUGAUACUAGACGAAGGGCUGCUUGUGAUCUAGUACGAGGAUUAUGCAAGUUUUUUGAGGGACCGGUGACAGGAAUCUUCUCCGGUUAUGUUAAUUCCAUGCUGCAGGAAUAUGCAAAAAAUCCAUCUGUCAACUGGAAACACAAAGAUGCAGCCAUUUACCUAGUGACAUCUUUGGCAUCAAAAGCCCAGACACAGAAGCAUGGAAUUACACAAGCAAAUGAGCUUGUAAACCUGACAGAGUUCUUUGUGAAUCACAUUCUCCCUGAUUUAAAAUCAGCUAAUGUGAAUGAAUUUCCUGUCCUUAAAGCUGAUGGUAUCAAAUACAUUAUGAUUUUUAGGAAUCAGGUACCAAAAGAACAGCUUUUGAUCUCUGUUCCUCUCUUGAUUAAUUAUCUUCAAGCUGAAAGUAUUGUUGUUCAUACUUACGCAGCACAUGCUCUUGAGAGGCUGUUCACUAUGAGGGGGCCUAACCACGCCACUCUCUUUACAGCUGCAGAAAUCGCACCGUUUGUUGAGAUUCUGCUAACAAACCUUUUCAAAGCUCUCACACUUCCUGGCUCUUCAGAAAAUGAAUAUAUUAUGAAAGCUAUCAUGAGAAGUUUUUCCCUCCUACAAGAAGCCAUAAUCCCUUAUAUCCCUACUCUCAUCACUCAGCUUACCCAGAAGCUAUUAGCUGUUAGUAAGAAUCCAAGCAAACCUCACUUUAAUCACUAUAUGUUUGAAGCAAUAUGUUUAUCCAUAAGAAUAACGUGCAAAGCCAACCCUGCUGCUGUUGUAAAUUUUGAAGAGGCUUUGUUUCUGGUGUUCACUGAAAUUUUACAGAAUGAUGUACAAGAGUUUAUUCCGUAUGUCUUUCAAGUGAUGUCUCUGCUUCUGGAAACACACAAAAAUGAUAUCCCGUCUUCCUAUAUGGCCUUAUUCCCUCACCUCCUCCAGCCGGUGCUGUGGGAGAGAACAGGAAACAUCCCUGCUCUAGUGAGGCUUCUCCAGGCAUUCCUAGAACGCGGUUCAAAUACAAUAGCAAAUGCUGCAGCUGACAAAAUACCUGGGUUAUUAGGUGUUUUUCAGAAGCUCAUUGCAUCCAAAGCCAAUGACCACCAAGGUUUUUAUCUUCUAAACAGUAUAAUAGAGCACAUGCCUCCUGAGUCAGUUGACCAAUACAGGAAGCAAAUCUUCAUUCUAUUAUUCCAGAGACUUCAAAAUUCCAAAACAACAAAGUUUAUCAAGAGUUUCUUAGUCUUUAUUAAUUUGUAUUGCAUAAAAUAUGGGGCGCUGGCACUACAAGAAAUAUUUGAUGGAAUACAACCAAAAAUGUUUGGAAUGGUUUUGGAAAAAAUUAUUAUUCCUGAAAUUCAGAAAGUAUCUGGAAAUGUAGAGAAAAAGAUUUGUGCGGUUGGCAUAACCAAACUACUAACAGAAUGUCCCCCAAUGAUGGACACUGAGUAUACCAAGCUAUGGACUCCUUUACUGCAGUCUCUGAUUGGCCUUUUUGAGUUACCCGAGGAUGAUUCCAUUCCUGAUGAAGAACAUUUUAUUGACAUAGAAGAUACACCAGGAUACCAGACUGCCUUCUCACAGUUGGCAUUUGCUGGGAAAAAAGAGCACGAUCCCGUAGGUCAAAUGGUGACCAACCCCAAGAUUCACCUGGCACAGUCACUUCACAAAUUGUCUACUGCCUGUCCGGGAAGGGUUCCAUCAAUGGUGAGCACCAGCCUCAAUGCAGAAGCCCUCCAGUAUCUCCAAGGGUACCUUCAGGCGGCCAGUGUGACCCUGCUUUGAACUAUGAUUUGGCUAAUAAAAGCCCAGGAUGAUUUAUGGGGAAAGCUGGGAGACUUCGAGCACAACUGCAUAAAAGCAAAGCAAGUUUUCCUUGUCACAAAUUCCAUCUUGUAAAAAAUAUUAAAUGUUGUUUUACUCAA